GUCAGGAAAAGCGGAGUGUGUUGGUGGAUUUCUGAGAGAGUGAAGCACCGAUGAAACACGACAGUGGCGGAGGUACACUGUAGACUCAAGAAAACUUCGGUCAGUUCUCAUUUGACGCGCAAACAGUGAAGACGUAUGUCAUGUGAAUGUUAAAAUAUUUUGUGAGUUUAUGUCAGCAAAUAUAAAAAUCACCAGGAUGAAAAACGGGGAGAGAACAGUUGCUGCUCGGAUAGCGCAGUUUGAGAUGACCGGCUCUAAACUUAUUGCUAAAGAUUCAAGUCCAACAGACGAGCAGGUUGUUCAUGGUGUCAAGGGUGGGACGAAUUCUCAAGAUCAGAUUGUCUUUAAUCGGUCGUCCGAGCUGGACGAUAUUCUUGAGGAGAGUAGUAUAGAGGACGAAUCAGACGAAGGACACAGUGAUGGUUAUGUGCCGACAUCAAAUGGAGAUUCAAAUAGUCCGGACUGUUCAUUCCGUCUCUCCGGUAGAUCUUCCUGCAGUAGUGAAGAGCUCCAGGAGAACGAAACUAGUACUAAAUUUAGAACCCGGAGUAAGAUCAUACAAGGACUAAGUCAAAAACUUAGUUUAGAUUCAGGGUUCUCUGACAGCUCUGAGUCUCACAUUAUCUAUAAUAUGAAACAAGUCAAUGAAGAGGAACGGAGAAAAGAAAAUGUGGAAAGUCCAAGGCGUGACAUGGAUGAAGGAAAAGGAAAGGGUUCGGAAGAAAGUCGGAAAAGGGAAAAGUUAGAAGAAGUGGCGAAUAAAAGACAAGGAUCAGUAGAAAAAAGGGGAGAAGGAGAAGAGGGAAGAAGAAGGGAAGGUGAGGAGGGCCGGAAAUUAAAAAGUGCAGUAGUUCAUGAGACCCAUGCUCUGAGCAACUCCAGCAAAAUGCAUCACGUCAGCAAGGUUUACUUCUACUCUGUAAGUGACAUUUUACAGGAGUCUGGUAGGGGAUAUGAAGAUAGGGAAGAGAUGGAACCCAUCCAUCUGUCAGACCAACAUCCGACAUCUAACCCAUCCACGCCCCGCAUUUCCGCCCCGGUUUCAGAGCUCGACUAUCUCGAUAUGAUGAUGCGAAGCUCACCGCAGAUAGAGCGAAGCCCUCGAGUUCGAACUGGAACCAGUUCACUUCGACGAAAGCAUCGAAGGGAGGAGAAGGAUCGAAGCGGAAGAUCGAGUCCUUUAAUGAGAUCGAAUACACCAACCCAUACGUUUCCAAUCACCAACGGUUCACUUUACUCCGAUCUUAGUUUGAACAGGAAGGUUGCGGAGAACCAGAGAGCGAGGAGGAGGGAAGAGAGAGAUAGUUUUAAUCUAACAACCUCUAGUAUUCACAGUGAUCUGGAUAGUUUUGAUAAUCCUCUAGAUGCGUCCCAGCAUAGUUCAAAUACUUCCUUCAGUCCUGGAUCUAACUACUCAUUCCAUACACCCUCUCCCAACCCAUCCAGUCAUCCGUCCUUAGAUAUUCAAUCCCUAUCCAACCAUUCAUUCUUAUCCACUAGCCUACAAUUAGAAGCAUUCGGAGUGCAUUCUACAUUUAAUAGUAUUGUAUGUGGAUCUGGUUGUGUGGGCUCCUGGUUAUCUGAGCUGAGGAAUGUUCAUGAAUCUGAGUGUACCAUCAUGUUGCAGAGCAAGCCGGUCAAACGGUGGGAGGGGGACGGAGAUAAGGAGGGUGUACUCCAGGUUAGAGAGAGGGUUAGAACUAUCCAGGAUAGAGCUCAUACAGUGUCCAGUGUAUUCUCUAACCUCUGCAGGGAAGUCUCUGAUGGAGCCCGGAGUAAACUGCUUCCUUACAUUCAAUCCCUCAUUCAUCAAAUCAACCUUUUCUUCCUGGAGUGUGAAAAUCAAGAUUGGACGGUGGCUGACUUAACCCAUUUCCCCGGAUUCCGGUCAUCCUCCGCCCAGGCCGGAACUAGAAACCUGGCGGCGGAACAAACCCGCCUUUUGGCCGUUUGCGAAGAGGUUCGAACUUGUAUCCUAGCGGAGAGCGGAGACUUGGUUCGUAAAGUGACUCAGAUUGGUUCCUCCUUCUCGCGUAUAGUAGAGCUUAUCCUUGGGGUUCAGGUUGGACGCUGCGUAGCUCAGAUAGGACUUGGAGAUCAUGAGACAACUCUGAGCUGUGUCACCUCACUAGCUCUUGAGGGAAACAAUCUUUGUCGUCUUCUCGUCUCUCACGGAGCUCUCGCGAGCAUACUCGCUCUAACCUCUUCCACUCACUCUGUACCAGUACGGAUAUCAGCUCUUCGCGCCCUAGGAUCAAUCUGCUGUGUUCUAGAGGGAAUACAAGGGUUUGCCAACCUUGGUGCUCCGGAUAUAGUUGUAGGUAUACUAGCAGACCGUGGUUUAGGAGAGGGGGAGAGAAGGGAGGCUGCUGGAGUACUAGCACAAGUAACUAGUCCUUGGAUAGAAGGGAAUACAGGGUUCCCUGGUAUACAGAACCUAGUCUCAGAUAUUGUUUACUCUCUGAAAGACUUACUUCGGAAAACAUGUUCCCUUGAAACCUUCCUGCUUUGCUCAGCUGCCCUCGCUAACCUUAGUUCCCUUCUACCCCUGGCUCUUCCAACCAUAUCUUCCGCCGCUCUCCUUCCUAUUCUACUAAACCACUCCGCCGCAGCAUCUGCCUCAGUGUAUAUCCAGGACCAGAUAGUUACAGUGAUCGCUAAUCUGGCGAAGAUCGGUGGAGCUCGAAGUCAAAUGAUCGAAGGAUCGGCACUUCAUCUUCUAGUUCGAAUUCUUGGGACAACUUGUCCGAAUAAAUCUGACGCGGCAUUGAUCGCCGCUACAGAAAGAACAGUUAGUAAAUCCGCCAUCGCUUUAGCCCGCCUUUGUUUAGACCCCGCCUCCGCCGAUAGUGUUGUCAGGAUCGGCGGUUUAGAUAAACUUCUAGAAGUGGCCAGAUCCGCCGAAAAUAACGAAACCGUUAAAAUCGCUGCAAUGGCUGCGAUAAAAACAAUUACUAUUUAUUGCAGUGCUAGUCUAAAUUUAGAUCUUGAACAAGAAAUUAUCGAUCGGCGGCGAUCAAAUGAUCGACAGGGAUCGGAUGAUCGGUGGGUUACGGAGGUCAAAGGUCGCCAUUGCGGCUACUACACUACAGAAACCCCCAUUUCUAGUCUUGAGAGCUUUGUAUAAAAAAAUAUUAUGUAAUUUCAAAAUUAACCUCAAUUGCCAUCUUUAUGUUUUAAUAACUAUGUACAUAUUAUUAUUAUAAACUUGUACACAAUUGUACACUUUACCAUUAACAUCAUUGAUUAAUUCAUUCAUUUUUGCAAUAUUUUCUUAAUUUUGCCUUAUUUUCAGUCAGUAUAAAUGCAGUAAAUAACUGAAAAGCAAUCGGCUCUUCUCUUCUAAGUGAAUUGAUGUAAGAUUUAAGAAGAACGCUCUACUCAUAAUCAAACUAAAUUUAGAAAAUUAUAUUGAAUAGUUAUGUUUGAGAAAUAUCUACACAGAUUGUUCUAAAAAAUUGUGUCUACUGCAUUGUUUACAUUCGGCCUAAGCUGGUUUGUUCAUGUUCCACUCGUAAACUGUACUGCUGACUUAAAUCUUUUAUAGCUUCCUGGCGUUUAUAUUUCUUGAAUUUUAUUCAAUCCAUUUAUAGCUCUUUUCAUUGAUUAAUUGAAAACACAUUCCUCCAUUGAGAGAUCCUUCAAUCUAUUGAUCACUACUUCAUUCUUCCUUCCACUCUCAUAUACAUCAUGAUAAACACUUAGAUUUCCAUCUACUGCACCCGAUAUAUAACCAAUAUAUCAUACAAACAUCAAUCUAUCCUUCCUUCUAUACCAGACAGUCAUUAUUCAAUCUUCCGCACUAGUAAAUCUCUGAUGGGUUGAUCAGGCCCGCCUUUUUUAUAUUCUAAACCGGAUGUCCCAAUAUUCGAUGGAAUUGAGUUUUUUUAAUACAUGUAUCUUUGUAACCGAUGUCGCAGACCUUCGAUAUUUCAAACCAAGAAUUAUGUUACAUCAAAAUGUUGUAAGUUUAAAAUACAAAAGGUUUACACAAGGUUGCAAUGAUAUAAGGAUUAAAAAACUUAAAUUCCUUUUUCAACAACAACUUUUUUUCUGAUUUUCUUUUGAGGCAAUGGACAUUUUUGAUAGAAGUAUAUCUCAGGUUUCUAUGACAAGCUGUUGGACAAAAUAGUUCGACGAAUUGAAAGCUUCCUUGACCUUUUUAUUCUUUCGUUUGAGUGCAUUUCCUAUACAGCCACUUUAUGCUACUGGACAACGGAUGGGAGGGGAUGGGGGGGGGUUAA